UCUAUCUGCCUGUUAAGUAUCUCGGCUCCUUCCCUCUGACCCAUCUAACCCACCCGACCAAAAUGCCCUCCCCGGAUCCGCCGCUCAAGGAUUUGAUUAAGAACUUUUUCAAGAAUUUCCAUCUGGGCGAAGUAUUCGCAGUUCGAUCGAGGCGCCCUGCAAAGAACGAACGUACACAAUGCAGCUCGACAACCAUUCACCAUGAAUUUCGCGAUAAUUUCAUCCCUGUAGACAUCCCUAUGCACCCUGGUUCUCUGGCCAUUUCCUCCUCUACAUCUUUUCGGGGCGAUUCCUCUACCCGCCUCGGCAGAGCUUCUGACAUGGUUCAGACAUUUUUGCCCUUCGUACAGGCCAUUGCAGGUCCUAUUCCACUUGUCGGUGCUCCGAUCAAAGCUACUAUUGGUGGAUUAUUAGAAAUAUUCAAAGCCAUGGAUAGACGUGGUCAGAAUAAGGUGGACCUGGAUAGCUUGGCAUCACGACUCGAUCGACUACGUCUCGAUUUGUGCAACGCCCCACGUGCCCGAGAUCAUCGUGAACGAUGCCGAAGGGAAAAUCUUACUAGCAUGCUGCUAGAAAUCUCCGCCACGCUGACAGAGUUGCGUAAACAUGCUCUCGCAUACCCAUCCGUCACACAAGAUAUCGCCGGAUGCUUUACGAAAAUCGACCGUUAUAUGGCUGAGUAUUUGUUGUCAUCCCAAAUGCAAAAUGGAGAUGACAUACGGGCAGUGUUGGCAAUUCUGCAGAGGCAGCAGGAGUAUCUUCAGAGGCAACAGGAGGAUCAUCAGAAGCAGCAGGUCGAUCAUCAGAGGCAGCAGGAAAUCCUGAUGAGAAUUGAAAGCCGGAUCAUCUGUGUGCAGUCCUCCGUGGGGCCGGUCGUCACACUUGGCUGUGUGACACUGGUAGAUGCAACAGGCCGCCAACAUCCAAUACCGAUGGACGUCUGCGACUCAUUUGAGCGAUUCGAUGAGAUGCUUCGACUUCUAUUAAAACACAGCUCGAUCGAGGCUCAAAUUCAGAGACGGUAUAUGGAGCAAGGACAAUACGAUUUAUGCAUCGACGACGACAAGCAAGUAACCCGACUUACAAGCCAUGAAUGGCCAAGCAUUGAAGCGGGCACGAAGAUUGUCAUGAGGGUUAUUAUUGAACAGCAGGCGUCAUCAUACUCUGAAAUUUCCUACCGAUGUCCUUUUUGCGGCGAUGUGAAUCGCCUCGACGUCGGGCCUGUUAUGUAUUCGCUUGAACGGCAGGCAGGAUGCUCGGUUGAUUGUCGAGUAUGCAAACAACGAUUUCAGAUCUCCCGCAGAAGCUACAGUGCAAAAUGGAGCAUUCAAUCCUCUAAACUUGAUUCGAUACUACGAUUGACGCAGAAAUGCGCCUGAUUCGCAACUUCCAUGUCCAGCAAAUUGAUAAUAUCAUCAAAUCUUCGGAUGUGCUCAGGGAAACCAGCUACCCAACCGCCUCGGGUGGUCUUGGAGACGUUUACAAGUGUUUAUUGAAUUGUGGCGCAAGUUCGGAUGAAGUAUUUCAUACACUCGGUUUUUUUCUACACGUCCUGACUCCGACUUCAGGUUGCGGUCAAAUCCCCUCGAUUCCCAAUUCCAAGUGAUCGUGAACGUGUCAGAAUCAACAAGGUAUAUUGGGGUCCAGUCUGACACUCGCAUAUCUGAACUUAUAAAAUGCAGAACAUGGACCGUGAGAUUCGU